AUGUGGGCUGACUUAAAAGCAAUUCAGGCCAACCAUGUCCUGAAGCCAUCAAAUUGCCUGUCAUCGCUGUCCCCAUUCGUUGACGAUUUUGGUCUUCUACGAGUCGGAGGUAGACUAUCGAACUCAAGUCUGCCCUUUGACUCUCGUCAUCCAAUGAUCCUGCCCAGGAAGCAUCCAAUAACUUCGGCUAUCAUCAAGCACUUCCACGAAGAAAGCCUUCACGCAGGACCUCGGACGUUGCUGGCCAGAAUCAGACUCCACUAUUGGCCCAUCGGGGGGAGAAGAACAGUCGCUGCUGUCGUCACCAGGUGCAUUCGCUGCUGUCGUGCUCGGCCACGUACACUUCAGCAUGUUAUGGCAGACCUGCCAAAGGAACGCGUGGAUUCUUGCAAGGCCUUCACUGUCACUGGAGUGGAUUACUGCGGCCCAUUCCUGUAUAAGCCUGAGGGACGAAAACGCCAGCCGUUGAAGUGCUACAUAUGCAUUUUUAUAUGCUUUGCAACCAAAGCAGUUCACAUGGAACUAGUGGCUGAUUUAUCCACACCAACAUUCUUGGCAGCCCUCAGACGAUUUAUUGCAACAAGAGGUCGUCCCAAAUGCAUUUGGUCUGAUAAUGCAACCAACUUUACUGGAGCCAAGAACGAGCUUGCCGAACUUCGUCGUUUAUUCUUAGCUGAGGACCAUUUAAAGGCAAUCGAAAGCUUCUGUCUAGCGGAUUCCAUCGAAUGGAAAUUCAUUCCACCCAGAUCGCCUCACUUUGGAGGCCUUUGGGAGGCCUCAGUUAAGACAGCCAAGCAUCAUCUUUAUCGCACUAUUUCGCAAUCCGUACUAGGAUUUGAUGAGUUGCGCACCAUCGUUUGCAUGAUUUCGGCCAUCAUCAACUCUAGACCGCUGCUGCCCCUAUCAGAGGAUCCAGCAGACCUUCAUGUCCUGACUCCAGCACAUUUUCUAACUGGCGGUCCUGCUACCAGCUUCAGCGAACCAGAUCUCUCUAACCUAAAUGUCAACCGACUUGAUCGUUGGCAGAAAAUUUCUUAUUUGCAGGAAACUUUUUGGAAACGGUGGCGUGAAGAAUAUCUGACGCUCCUUCAGCAGAGAUCCAAGUGGCGUUCUCCCCAACCCAGUCUGCAAGUCAACGAUGUCGUCCUAAUUAAGGAUGAAAAUCUACCACCACUCAAAUGGCCAUUAGCUCGUGUGCUAGAGCUGAUAAAGGGGAAGGAUGAAAUCUGUCGAGUCGCUGUCCUGAAGACUGCAACAGGAACCACCAAGAGAGCUGUCGCCAAAUUAAUGUCCGAUAAUGUCCGAAUGUCCGAAUGUCCGAACGCAUCUAUAAUAGUUAGCCAGGCCCAGGAAUGA